CAGAACCCUUCUUUUCGGCGGUUUGUUUCCGCCCGGACUCAUUAGCAAGCUGAAGCAGGAACUAUGGCGUUCAACUUCGGCGGCGGGACCUCGAACACAGCGAGCUCGUCUGGGUUUUCAUUGGGUUCAUUUGGUGCCAAAACGACAGCGUCCACAGCUUUUGGGUUUGGUACCGGUACCACCACUACCGCCUCAUCGGGAUUUGGUAGUCUCUCAGCCCCGUCUUUUGGGGCUGCUACGACCACCACGGCGCCCGCUGGGUUUGGAUUCGGCUCAACUACCACAGGAUUCGGGGGUUUGGGGGCUGUGAGCACCACCACCGCUGGGGGGUUUAGUUUUGGGGGGUUCGGGUUAAACACUAACCCAGCAGCAGUUAGCUUUAACAUGGGGGGCUUCGGGGCUCCGCCCACCACCGCUACCGUAUUUAAUUUUGGCAAUAACCUCGGCGGUGCAGGUGCGUUCGGAGGCUUCGGAAACACUGCCACCUCUUCUGCAGGCUCCACCUUCAACUUCUCAAACCCCGCCAACACCGGUGGUGGAUUGUUUGGAAACACUCAGAAUAAAGGCUUCGGGUUUUCCUCUGGACUGGGAACAGGGACCGGUACUGGGACGGGGUUCGGAUCUGGUUUGGGAGGCGGAGGCCUCGGUUUCGGGGGCUUCAAUCUUCAGUCCACGCAGCCGCAACAAGGAGGUUUGUUCGGUCAGCAGACCCAAGCCCAGGCGCAGUCCAAUCAGCUGAUCAACACGGCCAGCGCUCUGUCCGCACCCACACUGCUGAACGACGAGCGUGACGCCAUCCUGGCCAAAUGGAACCAGCUGCAGGCCUUCUGGGGAACAGGCAAGGGCUACUUCAACAACAAUAUCCCUCCGGUCGACUUCACCCAGGAGAACCCUUUCUGCCGGUUUAAGGCAGUAGGUUACAGCUGCAUCCCCAGUAGUAAAGAUGAGGACGGUCUGGUGGCUCUGGCUCUUAAUAAAAAAGAGGUGGACGUCCGCAGUCAGCAGCAGCAGCUGGUCGAGUCUCUGCACAAGUUUCUGGGUGGAAACCCGACGCUCACCGUGAAUGUAGAAGGAGUGAAAGCGCUGCCCGAUGACCAGACGGAGGUUAUCGUAUACGUAGUAGAGCGCUCUCCUAACGGCACGUCAAAGCGAGUUCCAGCCUCCACGCUGUACAGCUACAUGGAGCAGGUGAACAUCAAGAGCCAGUUGCAGCAGCUUGGCGUGGUGAUGAGCAUCACCAGGACAGCUCUUUCUCCUGCACAGCUCAAACAGCUGCUGCAGAAUCCUCCUGCAGGAGUCGAUCCGAUCAUAUGGGAGCAGGCCAAAGUGGACAACCCCGACCCUGAUAAGCUGAUCCCGGUGCCGAUGGUUGGUUUCAAGGAGUUGCUGCACAGGCUGAAGAUACAAGAACAGAUGACUAAACAGCACCAGACCAGAGUAGAUAUAAUCGCCACAGACAUCAGUGAGCUUCAGAAGAACCAGUCCACCACCGUGGCGAAGAUCGCUCAAUACAAGAGGAAGCUGAUGGACCUGUCGCACCGAGUCCUUCAGGUCCUGAUAAGGCAGGAGAUUCAGAGGAAGAGCGGCUACGCCAUCCAGGUGGAUGAAGAACAUCUGAGGGUGCAGCUGGACACCAUACAAUCUGAGCUGAAUGCUCCCACGCAGUUUAAGGGACGCCUGAACGAGCUGAUGUCGCAGAUCCGGAUGCAGAAUCACUACGGCGCAGUGCGAGCUGAAGAACGAUACGUCGUCGAUGGUGACCUGCUCCGAGAGAUCAAACAGCACCUGAAGCAGCAGCAGGAUGGUUUGAGUCACCUGAUCAGUGUGAUCAAGGACGACAUGGAGGACAUCAAGAUCAUCGAGCAGGGACUCCAUGAUAGUGUACAUGUGAGGGCCGGAAAACUCAGUUGACCUCCACAUCCACACAUGAACACACACACACACACACACACACACACACACUUACUUCUUGGCACAUAUAUAUAUACAUGCAUAAACACACACACCUCAUCAACCAGCAUCCUGACAUGUGACCAGUUUGUUGUGUACAGCAACAGACACACACACACACACACUAAACAUCUCUGUGAACUAGAGUUUUCCUACAUUGCAUGGAUUCUUCAGCUUUGCUGUAGGAAUGUUUUACAUCUAAUGGGGAUGAAAUAGAAAAAUGAUCAGCAGCCUUGUCUUGUUUUACUUUGUUGUUGUGGUGUGUGUGGGUGUGUGUGUGUGUCUGAGAAUCAUGGGAAUGUGAUUCUUUUUUAGCGUCUUCAUGUAAAUAUGAUGUCGUUUUUUUGUUUUUCUAAAGCAGACAAAGAUCCAUAGAAAUAAACUCAUCACCUGGUUUCAAUAAA